GUGUCUGCCAUUAUGCCCAGCGCCAGUGCGCUGGACCUCCGCCGCAAACGCCUGGAGAAGCUGCUAACGAAGGCCACACCUGGGCCCUCGCGUGUUGCAAGCACGCCAGCCUUCUCCGAAGCCAGCAGGUUGUCGCGCCGGGCCCCGCCCGGCGGCGCCCCGUACCAGGGAGCUCCACCUGUGCGAAUACUGACGACGGAAUCGCGACACAGCAAUAAGAAGCUGCUUGAAGAUUCCAGGCUGUGCAGCGCAGGAACCGACGCCAUGCGCAGUGCGCAGCUUUUGCCCUCUCCUUCGAGUGCUUCGCGCAAGCCGACCGCUUCCUCUCGGCUUGAGACGUCAAGCUCUCGCAAGGUGAAUCCAGAGCGAAUCGGCUCCCUGGUUCGGCAGCUGCUUGCCGGCGAGGAGCCUGCCGCAAACUGGAGGCUCGUUCACGAGGUUGACGCUAUCGAUGGCUUGCUGCAGGAAUGCUGGCUUGCAAGCCGGUGGCAGGAGGAAGAACGACUCAAGAAAGCUCAGCAGCAGGAGGCACUUCGAAAGUUCAACGAGGAGCAGGCCAGGCACGCGGAGGCCGGCCGGCAGCGGAAACGGGCGGAGGCCAGCGUCGUAGCUCAGCUGGAGGAAGAUAUGGCCAAGCAGGCAGCCGAAGCCAAGCUUCGGCAAGAAGAAGCAGAAGAAAGGAAAAAACGUCAGCAGCAGGAGAUGGCCAAGCAAAUGGCAGAAGCCGCCAAGCAAGCUGUUGAGCAGAAGGCGUUGCAAAAGCAAGAGGAGGCGCAAAAGGAUAUUGCGCUCAUGCACGCGCAGAUCGCGCUCAUGGAGGACCAAGAAAAGAGGCGUGCAGACGCCUUGCAAAAAAUCAGAGACAAGCAGGGCAAGGCCCAGGCGCAGUACGAGGCGGGAGCAGGAAGUCAGCUGGCAAAGCUCCAGCAGGAGGAGGAUGAGCGGGCUCGAAGAUACCAAGAGGAGAAGAACGCCAAGGACGAGGCUGCUUUCAAAGAGAAGCAGAGCAGACUAAAGAAGAUGCACAUGGAUGGAGCAGCAUUUCUUUCCAAGCAAGUUGCAGAGCAAGCCUGUCAGAAGGCGGCAGAAAGGGAAGAGCAGCGAAGACGUCGCGAGCAUUCAGACCGGGAUGCAGCGGCAGCGCUCGAAGAGGAGAAGCUGCAGGUGUUGCAGCGCAAGCAGCGAGAGAAGGAGAAUGCUGCAUUUCUUCAACAGCAGAUGAGCCAGAAGUUCGCAGCCAAGAUGGCGAACGACGACAUGACGCAGGUGGAGCAGUCGAUGAACAAGGAGAGACUGGAAAGAGCGAAGCGGUUGAUGCAAAAUCAGCUGAGGGAUGGCAUGCCAGUCUCCACAUGA